CUUGUUCUCUGAGGAGCUUCUGUGUGAAGCUGUUGGAUAAAGUGGUGAUAUUUCCUGAACUCUCCUGUUUAAUUUGUAUUAUUAGAGCCAGGGAAUCCAUCCUCCAGGGUUGCAUGAACUUCUGUUACCACCAUGGCUUGUUCUGAAACUGCAGGAAUUGAGAUGCCAGCCCUGGGCCGCCCUCUCCGGCUGGGGAUGCUGUACGACUGCCGCAGCGACACGCUCAUACCAGGUAUCACUUUAUGGAACACCAAUACCCUUAACAAACAAGUGGGGACAACAAUGCAGCACAAGACUGAAUUUCAAAUCAUUGCAUCUGACACCAUGGAAGCUAAGGCCUCUGCUCUCAGUCUCUCAGGAUCCCUGAAGGCGAGUUUCCUGGGGGGCCUGGUAGAAGUGAAUGGAUCUGCAGCAUUUUUAAAUGAUACCAAGAAAUCCCAAAAUCAAGCCCGAGUUACAUUACAAUAUUCAACAACGACCAAGUUUGAGCAGCUGGCUAUAAGCCAUUCAGAGCACCAGAAUAUCUCUUAUCCUGCUGUAUAUGACCAAAAUAAAGCAACCCAUGUGGUCACAGCUGUACUGUACGGGGCUCAGGCUUUCUUUGUGUUUGAUCGAGAAGUUUCUUCAACUGAGAGUAUAGAAGAGAUACAGGGAAAGAUGAAACUUAUGAUAGAAAAAUUACCAAAAAUAUCAGGAGGAGGAGAGGGGCCUGUGAAAAUGGAGUACAAGAAAGCAUCAGAGGCUGAAAAUGUCAGUUGCACAUUCUAUGGUGAUUUUGCUCUUGAGAACAAUCCAGUUACUUAUCUAGAUGCCAUGGAAAUUUGUUCCACCCUCCCGAAGCUGUUGGGUGACAGCGGGGAGAAGGCCGUACCAGUGAGAGUUUGGCUGUACCCGCUGACCAAGCUGGACUCCAGAGCUGCUCAGCUGGUGCGUGAGAUCAGCAGAGUACUGAUUUUUGAUGCUCAAACAGCCUUGGAGCAACUGACCGAACUGGACAUGCGAGGCAAUGACAUGAUGAAAAAUCCAAUUGCCACAACCUUCCCUGAAAUCAAAAAGAAAAUCCAGCAAUUCAAAGAUCUGUGUCAGCAACACAGACAGACUUUCCAGCAACAACUAGCAAGAAUCUUACCUGCGAUCCGUGGAGCUGAAGCAGAAGAAAGGGCCCUGGUGGACAUUUUAAAAAGCAAAGAACAAUCACCAUUCAAUACACAGAGACUUAAUGAAUUUCUGGAUACAAAGGAGCAAGAGAUGAAUUUAGUGGAUUCCUACCUUGCUAGGCUACAGAAUGUGGAAGUCAUAUCCUCCAAGAGUGAACUAGAAAAAAUAGUACUCUGCCCUAAGCAUGAUUCUGUUGUGUGUUUCACACUUACUUCAUUACACAACAAAGAGCCAUAUUUAUCAGAUUUGACCUUUUGGCUUCGAAGACAGUUUCUGGAGAAAAUUCAUGAUUCAGCCUCAGCCAAUUCUCCCUCUGAGAAAUCAGAUUCCAAACAGUGGUUUGAGAAUGAAAAGAUAAGAAGAAAAGCACGAAAAUUCGCAAAGUCCUUCUUAGACUUUACUAAUAUCAAUAAAUCUCAUGGAAACACCCAGUUCAUUGUGGCCUCUGUUCCAGAUGAGGACCAUCCAGGAGCUACAAUUUACCUGUAUGAGGAUGGAGAGCUGGUCAGCACCAGCUUUGAGCCCCCAUCAAAACCUCUCCCUCCUCUGAUUGAUGGAAUCAGACACAAUUGUGUGCAGCUCACAUUUAAUCCAUCAGACUUUGAAAGGGCUGCGAUAUCCGGCUAUCGGGCAGAGUACAGAAUUGUAGGGCAGGAGAACUGGACGGCUGUGAAUGUAAAUAACACACAAGUGACAUUCACAGUGACAGGGCUCCGUGCAAACACCGAGUACCAGUUCCGAUAUGCUGCAGUGACCAAACCAGGGCUCAGCGAGAGCAGCGACGUGAGUGAUCCUGUGAAGACUCUUCCCCCGACCAGCUCCCCUGGGAAGCCAGAAAAAGCGACUGUAGAAUCAUCUUCCAUUGCUCUCACCCGGGAGAGUCCAAGUGUCACUGGAGAUGGAGUCAGUAUAAGGGAGUGUAAGGUAGAAUAUAAAGAAGAGGUUGAAGGUGAAAGAUAUGAGGAGAAAGACAAAUGGCUGGGACAAAGGACAGGAGAGAGAACUGGAUCUUGUAACACUGAUGGACUGAGGCCUGAGACGACCUAUAGAUUUCAAGCGUCGUCUGUGUGCGCGGAUGGGGCUGUGAGAGACCCAAGUGAGGACAGUUGGAUCUCAACACUAGAGAAAGGCCCAAGAGCUGCCACCCUGAGCACCGAGAAAUCCAAACUAAGGAUUGUUCUUGUUGGUAAAACUGGAGCUGGGAAAAGUGCAACAGGAAACAACAUCCUUGGUAAGACAGAGUUUGAGUCCAAACUCGCAGCAAAAUCAGUAACAGUGAAAUGUAAUAAAAAGAGAAGGGAUUGGAACAGCAGGGACAUUGCAGUCAUUGAUACGCCUGGUCUUUUUGACACAAAAACUCCUUUAAAAAAAACUAUGAAAGAAAUAGGGCGUUGUGUGGUAGUCUCCUCCCCAGGACCCCAUGCUAUAGUUCUGGUGAUGCAGUUGGGUCGUUUCACUGAAGAAGAGAAAAAAACAGUUGAACGAAUACAAGACAUUUUUGGGGAUAAAGCUGUGGAGUACAUGGUCUUCUUGUUCACCAGAAAAGAUGACUUAGGUGAUAUGACUUUACAUGAUUAUUUAAAAGCUUUGGAUGACAAAGAUCUUCAGAAGUUGAUGGACAAGUGCGGGAAUCGAUGCUGCGCUUUCAACAACAAAGCAGAAGGACAGGAGCAGGAUGAUCAGAUUUCAGAGCUGAUUGCAAUAACUGAUAAGAUGGUGCAACGGAAUGGAGGCUCACAUUAUACCAAUGGCAUGUAUGAAUAUGCUCAGAAGAAACUUCAAGAAAAAAUUGAAAUGCUCAAAGAACUCUGUAAGGAAGAGAUGGACAAAAAGAAAAGAGAAGUGACAUUUCAGUAUGAGGAGGAAUGUAAGAAAACAGAUGAGGAAUUACAGAAAGAAGGCGCAUAUAAUGAAAACACUUCAAAACAAUUGAGAGAGGCCCAUAGACAAAAAUUUGAAAAAGCUUUAAAGAAAAUAUAUACCGAAUACGAGACACAGCUACAUGAACUCAGGGAAAGAGUUGAUGAGGAUGUUACUAUAAUAGAAACUAUUUUAGGAGCAUUCUCUUCUGUAUUUUCAAAAAUCCCACACUGGUUUAAAUAAUGAUUGACUUACUGUAAUUUCUCCUCUUGCCACUUUGCCACUUUUUCAAUAGUGAUAAUGGAGUUUCGGUGCUUUGUAUCACUUUAACCUCCUAAUUUUU